CUUUUUCUUUUAAAAGAAUCAAAAGUCACGAGAAGUUCGAAUGGUAAAACCGGCAAAUUUCAAGAUGGCCACUGAAAUGGAAAAAGCUCAAGCACUUCGUCAAACAAACAAAGCCGGAGCUUCAGAUUUAUUAUAUAGUUUAGUGAGAAAAGAUAUUGAUUCCAACAGUGAAGAUGAAGUCAAGGUUAAAGAACAGGCUGUAUUGGAGUUAGGAAGUCUUAUGGCAGAAACAAAACAAGCUGAAGAACUUGCAGGUUUAAUCAAGUUUACCCGACCAUUUUUAUCUCUUGUUAGUAAAGCCAAGGCAGCCAAACUUGUGCGAGCUUUGGUUGAUAUGUUUUUAGAUAUGGAAGCAGGCACAGGAAAAGAGGUUGAGUUGUGUAAAGAAUGUAUAGACUGGGCAAAAGAUGAAAAGAGAACAUUUCUUAGACAAGCCUUAGAGGCUAGACUCAUUGCUCUUUACCAUGAGACAAAACAGUAUACAGAAGCACUUGCUUUAGGUUCAUCAUUACUACGAGAAUUAAAGAAGCUAGAUGAUAAAGCAUUACUAGUAGAAGUUCAGCUGCUGGAAAGUCGUGUAUAUCAUUCACUUAGCAAUCUCCCUAAAGCAAGGGCAGCUUUGACAUCAGCUAGGACUACUGCCAACAGCAUAUACUGUCCACCAAAACUUCAAGCUGCUUUAGAUAUGCAGUCAGGUGUACUUCAUGCAGCUGAUGAGAAAGAUUUCAAAACAGCUUACUCUUAUUUUUAUGAGGCAUUUGAAGGAUAUGAUUCCAUAGACAGUCCUAAAGCAAUCACAGCUCUCAAAUACAUGUUGAUGUCUAAAAUCAUGUUAAAUACAUCUGAUGAAGUCCAAGCUAUUGUUAGUGGUAAAUUGGCUUUGAAAUACAGUGGCCCUGCUGUUGAAGCCAUGAAAAGUAUAGCUCAAGCUAGCCAUAAAAGAUCUCUUGCUGAAUUUCAGAAGACACUUGCAAGCUUUAAAUCUCAGUUAGAAGAUGAUCCAAUUGUUAACGCCCACCUGAAGACAUUAUAUGAUAACUUACUGGAGCAGAAUCUGUGUAGGAUCAUAGAACCUUUCUCAAGGGUCCAGGUACAACAUGUAGCUAAUCUGAUCAAAUUACCUAUGGACACAGUUGAGAAGAAAUUAUCACAAAUGAUACUAGACAAAAAAUUCCAUGGUAUAUUGGACCAAGGAGCAGGUGUUUUGAUUGUAUUUGAUGAAACCCCGGUGGACAAGACAUAUGAGAACUCACUUGAUACCAUUCAAAACAUGGGCAAAGUUGUUGAUGCUUUAUAUAAUAAAGCCAAGAAGCUGACAUAAUUAUUUAAUGUUGAAAUGGGAAGGGAGGGUAUACUGAAAUUUUUGUUAUUAAAUUUAUCUUUAUGUGA